AUGAGGCGUAUUGAGGAGUAUAAACGUCUCAAGGAUGAUUGGCUGCAGAAUAAGGGUAAGGCCCCGUUGCUGAAUCGUUCCCGACAGGGCGUUUUUCCCACAAGACCGAGGAGGGAUUUCAGGAUGCAGGAAUUGGAAGUGCAAAUGAGAGGGGUGAAUGUAGCAUUCAAAGAGCCGGUACACAAGAUUUUAGACUGGAUUAAGAAUGAACCGUUCUUCAGAUGGCCGAACAAGAUGGGGGGCGACUCAUCUCGAAGGAAUCAAAACUUGUAUUGCACAUACCACAGGGAUAAAGGGCACACCACCGAGCAAUGCCAGGUGUUAAAAGAUCAUCUGGGGCAACUACUGAAGGCAGGAUAUUUGAAAGAGUUCGUAGUGGAUUCCGGAAACCGAGAUGCCGGUCAUGAUGCUCAGCAAAAAGGAAACCCUCUCCCGCCACCAUUGGGGGUGAUCGAGGUCAUCCAUGCUACUUUGAAGGGUGCGACUAUAACCAGAAGAGGAGUAUUGACAGUGGCACCCCAGGAAACUUGCAUGGAAAAACAACCACCCGAAAAAAGGAUGAAAGUUGGCCGGUUGGCAAUCUCUUUCGACGAGGAAGAUCUGGAGGGAACGAUUCAACCACACGAUGAUGUGUUGGUAGUAACAACGCGGAUAAGCGGUUUCUUAGUGAAAAGGGUGAUGUUAGACCAAGGAAGCGGAGCCGACGUAAUGUACCCAGAUCUGUUCGAGGGGCUUGGAUUAAAAAAUCAGGACUUGACAAAGUAUGAUAUGCUGUUGGUCUCAUUUGAUGGAAGAGUUGUGAUUCUUGAGGGUCAAAUUUCCCUUCCGGUAAAUAUGGAGGGCAAGGAAGUGAUGGUGACCUUUAUAGUGGUCAGAUCAUACUCCCUAUACAUGGCAAUCCUGGGAAGGCCGUGGAUUCAUGUGAUGAGGGCCGUUUCGUCCACCUUGCAUGUGAAGGUCAAAUUUCCUACCGAGCAUGGAGUUGUCGUAGUACGAGGGAACCAGCAAGUGGCUAGGCAAUGCCUAGUUGCCACGGUUAGAUGGAAGGGCAAGCAGGUUGAACAAAAGGAAACCACCGAGAAAGCAUCUCCAUAG